ACAUCAUAAGUUUGACUUGUAAUUGAAUUUUCCACUAUUUUACUCUUUGCAGGUAGCCAAAAAGGCCCCUCAUUUGUUCGUCUUUCCAUAUUUACCCCUACGAGAGAGCUAGAAUUACCUCCUUGGUUGUACCGCACCCUUGUCUCCCUCUUUUCCCUGAGCACAAGCCGCCAUUGACGACCACCACCUGAGCUUUCAUGCUCAGAAGCAGGCAUCAGAGCGUGGCCGUAGUUACUCGAUCCUAGAAAAUGUUGUUUGUAUAGAAACAACGGACAUAAAAAGAAAAAUUGCUUAAAGAAUUUCAAGAUGAGGUCGUCUUGUUCAGAUAGAAUUAACAUUGCCGCGAGCGCUCAGAAACUCGAUGUCGACAAUCGGAUUCCUCUGCGUAUAUACUUUCGGAUCGCUAAUAAUAUCCUCAAACAGGCGGACAUAUUUCGACAAGAGAGGAAUAUUAUAGACCUAUACAUUAUGCUCCUAAGGUUUUCAAGUUUGGUAUCUGAGACAAUACCAUGUCAUCGAGACUACAGAGCAUCUGUUCAAAGGGAAAAAGUUUUUUUGAAAAAGAAACUGUUUAAUGCUCUAAACGAGCUGGAGGAGCUAAAGCCAGCAGUGAAACAGAAGAACGAUGAGUUUAACAGAAGGAAUGAAAAUCAAAACAAUGGGUGGGGCCGCAAUCACCAAAUUGCUGCUGUGAUUCAAUCUCCUCUUAAGAAGCAAACUUUGAGUAGUUAUGAUCUAACCAAGGCAGGACAGUUUUCCUAUCAAACUCCAAGGGCUCAACAGGUUUCCUAUUCAAGGCCUGUGGAAGAUCAAUUUCGCAAACUAUCUGUUAGUAUCCCACUUCCAAGGGAGGAAACUCUUUCCAGGCAUUCUAUUCUGGGCCCAAACGGGCUUCAUGGACAGUGGCAGCCACCUAGAAGUGAUAUAGGGGUCCGAUAUCCAAGCAUUUUAGACUUGACUCCUAUUGAAAUCCCCAGACUGGGACAGUCCAUAGAAGAAGAACAUACAAUUAUAAAAGACACUAGCAAUUCAGAACCUGAAAAGUCAACUUUGGACCCAAUUCUUACCCAAAAUACUGAUGAUGGCCCGAUGCUUCCUACUGAGGAACUUCACUCCCUUAUUUCUUUCGAAUCAACAGAAACUCCUGAUCAUACAAAAAUUAUUAGACAGCCUUCUCCUCCACCUGUCCUUGCCGAAGUACAAGAUUUGAUCCCAGCAGUUUCACCUCAAGUCCCUGAGGUAGAAUGUGGACUGGAGACUCUCUCAUCGGAUGACUUACUUCGUGCUGAAUCUCCCCUGCAAUUACACAUUUCAACGACAAUGAUGGAACAUUUCAUGAAGCUGGCCAAGUCAAAUACUGAUAAGAACUUAGAGACUUGUGGCGUCCUAGCAGGCUCCCUUAAAAACAGAAAGUUUUUUGUUACUGCUCUCAUCAUACCAAAGCAGGAGUCAACGUCAGAUUCUUGUCAGACCACGAAUGAAGAGGAAAUUUUUGAAGUUCAGGAUAAACAAUCUCUUUUCCCUCUUGGCUGGAUACAUACUCAUCCUACACAGUCUUGUUUCAUGUCGUCGAUUGAUCUUCACACCCAUUAUUCAUAUCAGAUUAUGUUGCCAGAAGCUGUUGCAAUUGUCAUGGCACCAAAAGGUGGUACAAGAACUCAUGGUAUAUUCCGAUUGACAACCCCAGGUGGCAUGUCAGUCAUUAGACAGUGCCAACAGCGUGGUUUUCAUCCACAUGAUCAGCCACCGGAUGGUGGGCCCAUUUACAAGACAUGUGCAGAUGUUUAUAUGAACCCCAAUCUAAAGUUUGACGUCAUUGAUCUUCGAUAGUUUACCCAAAUGAUAUUCAGAUGGCUAACCUUCAUUCAUGCAAUUGUUCAUAAACAUGAGUACAAUAUUAUUGGUUUUACUAUCAGAGUUGGUCUUUGUAUCGUAUGUAAAGAAUGAAAUGUUUCUAGCUGUACAUUGGAUGGCAUAUGGACCAAUUAGUAGGCCAUCCUUGAACUCGAAUGGCUAAGUUUUUAAGGGCAUAGGAUUAUUUCCCAAGAUGUAUGACUUGCAUUACAUUAAGGUUUGUAUUGGAGUCAAAAAGUGUAAAGAGAAUGACUUGCAUUUUACGGGUUUUAUUAUCAGCUGCAGGUAUUUUGAAGA